GUAAGUGAGAGUAAAGUGAUAUAAUGAAUAGGGAGAGAAAGUAAGUGAGAGUAAAGUGAUAUAGUGAGUAAGAAGAGUAAUUACUAGAAGGGAUGAGUGCCGUCGGUAUUUGAGAGCAUUAGGAAUCAGUGUUGGCAGCGCCAGUAAGAGCAGGUUGGAGGGGGCAGUAGAUGAUGUGAUUGUAGUUGGAUUUAGGAGGGUGAGGAAGGGUCACUGAUCCCUGUGGAUGUUCCUUCUCACUGGAAUAUGACACAUCAGGCUUCUCAGAUUUGGGGCUGUUUGUUCUUACAUUUAUUGACCCUUGUUCCUGUGUUUCUGGGGGACCCCACAGACUCCCCGUCCCCCAUGGAUUCACCAACACAGAGCAGCCAAGCUCCAGGUCCAGCUCUCUGCCCUUCUGUCCUGUCACCCCUAGAUGGCUCCUUUCAUGUGGCUGAGGGGACAGGGCGCUCGGUGGGUUCCCUGGUUCUGUUCCGGUGUCAGCAAGGAUUUCAGCUGAUUGGCAGUGGCAAGGUCAGAUGCCUUCUCAGAGAAGAAACCCCCCAAUGGAGUGAACCCCAACCCCAAUGUGAGGCGAUCCCCCAGGAUUAUCACAGAGGUUUCCGCCUGGCAGUCAUCGUGUCGCUGGUCAGCUGUCUCAUCAUCCUCACCAUGUGUGUGUUCUUCAUGCUUUGCUGUGUAAAACAGGCACAACUCCGGCUGCAGGAGGAGGAGGAAGAGACCGAGUCCAGGGUUUGUCGACAAAGAGACGAGGCACCGGAUUUCCCUGGAGCGGACGAGGGUGAAAGGGGAAGCAGUAGCCCAGAGCGGCCAUUGCAAGGCUUACUUAGCUCCGCCUGCCUCAGGGGAGGAGCUCGAUUCGAGAACAGGGAAUAUUUGGGGUGCCACAAAAACCUUCACCAGCUCAUUGCAGAAGACAGUUGGUCCCAGUGGAAGAAGCAGGACCUCUCUAUUGGCGGUCAUGUAACGAGGGGAUGUCCAACACUGACCUGACCAUAGAUCUAGAGUCUCCAGAGAGAUUAACCCAUGUUUACAUGUUAGUGUAUAAAGAAAUCGGCAAUAAAGCCAUGGUCCCCCCUCAAUUAGCUUUUUGUUGUUGUUGUGUAUUCUCUUCGAGAUUGAAUUAAGGAGGCCAGGUAGCUCCAAACUGGAGAAAAUGAAAAGCCCCAGAGUCUGCAUGUCCUUGGAUUGUAAGCUCUUGUGAACAGGUCUUGUUUAUGUCAAGCCCUGGAGGUAGUUAGGCUUGGAAAGUGGGAAAAGCCCAGUUUCUCAUCAGUGAGAUUGUUCCUCAGUCAAGACCUUUAGUUUUCCAAUAAACACCUCUUCUGGUACAGACUGAACACAUUCCCACCCUCUACUCCGUCCUAUAGCAGAGGUUGUAAAUGCUGAGUUCCAGACCAGGGCCCACUAGGGACUUCCCCAGUAUCCCAGCUGACCAGUCCAACUCUACUCUACUGUAGGGACCAGAUCUACACAAUUUAUCUAUAUUAUUCUCCCCAAAGGUUUUAGGGGUGUCAUAAAAUUUUGUUCUGAGGUCUGAAUAACCCACUGCUCUGAGCUGUUGAUGUGUCUCAAUGGGUGCCAUUCCAUACCUGAUCACCCACCUGUUAACUCUGAAGCUCUGCUGGACACACCUUGUUGCUCCCAGGUCAUUCCUCAUCAUGGCACUUGGAGAACUACAAAUGUACCCAGUGCUGAAUGUCUUAUGGCCUGGCCCUUUGGUUGGUAGAUUUUGGAUGUUGCUUAGAAGUCAACAGAAGUAGGGAUGACAGGGCGUUUUGGAGGAGCAGGUUGUAAGGGAAAGUUCUCAGAAGACAUUGAGUAGGCCUCAUUGAAUGGAGGAUCUUGACACCUCUUGGUAUGAAGAGGGGAACUGAGCAGGGGUUGGCUUUAAAAACAGAAACCAUUUGAGUAGGGAUGGACCUGAGAAAACCAAUGGCUUUUUUGGGGGUCUGGGGAUGGAAGAAGUGGGACAGAGCUGGGGCUCAGGGUUUGAGUUAGAGGAGCUGAGCUUUAGGACAAGGAACAGCCACUGAGGUCCUGGUAAGUAGGAAAAGAAGCAGGUGCUCACCUCUAGAGAAAGGUCCCUCCAUAUGGGAGGGACAUAUAGCAAGUCACCCCUCACAUUCUAGUCCCCAAGAACAUCAAGAUUAAAAACAUCCACUAGGAGCAAAAUAACAAAAAGUUCAUCCGAGCUUUGACCAGGCCGCCCAGAACAAUAUGAAAACACAGAAGUCAGUAUUGUUACUGCUACAAGUACAGGAGGCCGGCGGAUUUCCCUGCUUUCUGUGAGGAGGGAGGGGUACUAGUUACUUAUGGCAACCAAUCAGCAUGCAGCAUUUACAACUUACUUGAUUGAGGUGCAGCAGCCAAGCCAACGCCUUGCCCUUUAUUACAUACUGGGGUUCGAGUCCUAUUAACCGUAUCCAAUCCCUGUGGGGUUCAUUUGCAUAAACACUCAUUUACAUAUCCCAGCAGAGACCUUCUGGGAGGAGGUGGCGUACAGAAUAUUUGGAGAACGGGGAAGUUCACCAGUUAAUAUGGUGUAAGGACAAUGGAUAGCAUGAGAAUUAGGGAUGCAGCAUAUCCAUACUUUUUUGGAUUGGCCCAAAUUCCAACUUCUCAAUUCAGAACCCAAACUUUAGAACUUUUUUUUUUUUAGAAGACUUCUACAAUUGUGACCCCACUAAAGGCCAACAUCACCAUCUGCACCAUCUCAGUACCUGUCUUAAAAAAAAAACACCUUGGUCCCUCUUCUCUGCCAGUUGAACAAUGGAACAUGUUCUAGACCUGACAUCAACUCCACGAUGGGCGAUCACAAAGAAGAGGGGGACCUCCCUUCAUCUCAAUUGGAGGUCUCUGCACUAGAAGAG